ACCAUUGAUUGUUCGUCUUUUAUGGUGGUUAACCGUAUCAUCGUCUAUAAAGGUCGAACUAACUGUGUGUGUUUAAUCAAAUGUGAUUUUAACGCAAGAACCAAACUAAAAACAUCUGUAGCGACAAAUUACCUUCCAUUUUGAAUGGAAAGAAAUGACAGUUGGUGGAUUGGCGGGAAAAUUUUGACCAAAAUCGAAGCUAAAAGCGAAAAUGCCCUUGCUAUGUGAUGGCGUUGAAGAACCUCCAGUUGCUGCAGCCGUUGAACCCAGACAUGGUGUACCACCACCGGGCGGCCGCCACGCCGAUGAGAGCCCCGCCUUCAGCCUUGUCUAGGAGCAUCUCACGCUCUGCUGAGACCCUGGUGGCCACUACUCGGACUGGCAAGUCAUUGACUCGUAAGGCGAGGAGUACAGAGCAACCAAGCGGGAUGGUGAAGGUGGCGAGCUCCAUCGGGCUGCCAGCACUUGGCAAGGGCUGGGGCAGGGAUGACGACAGCGUCAAGAGCAGGUCUAGAAAUGGCAGCGGCAGCAGCAGGGCUGCCAGCCUGGACCGCAGCACCCGGGGCUCCAGCACCACGCUCAACUCCGACGAAGACAACAUCAACGUUGUCGUCAGAGUACGACCCCUAAACGACAAGGAGCGCUCGACCGGCGAGCGUGAAAUGCUGGAGUUCCCCGGCAAAGGACAGGUGGUCGUUCACGGCUCUACGCCGGGACAGAAGCCCAAGGUCUUCUCGUAUAAUGUCGUCUUCGAACCAGCAGCCACGCAGGAAGACGUCUUAGAGUAUUCGGGAGUGAAGCGUCUCUUGGAGAUGGCAGUGGAAGGAUUCUCGUGCACAGCCUUCUGCUACGGACAAACGGGCAGCGGGAAGACACACACGCUCACCGGACCUCCGGGACUUGUGGAAAACGGCACGAGUCCGUAUGCGCCGGAGCACGGGCUGGUGGUACGCUCGUUUGUGUACCUGUUCCAGCUAAUCAACGAGCGACCUGACUGCCACUUCAUACUGAAAGCGUCUUUCUUAGAAAUUUACAAUGAAAAGGUGAUAGAUCUGCUGAACCCGGGCAGCGCUCGCAAGCCACUGCAGGUGCGGUGGUCCAAGGAGAGCAGAGGGUUCUAUGUGGAGAACCUGUUCACUGUGGAUUGUGAGGAGCUGGAUGACUUGUUCGCUGUCUUGGAGGAAGGCAUGCGUAAUCGCGCGGUGGGCGCGCACGCGAUGAACGCGCACUCGUCUCGCUCGCACACAGUACUUUGCGUGCGCGUGCGCCGGGAUCUGCGCACCACCGGUGACGUCACGUGCUCCACGCACGGCAAGAUCAACUUCGUCGAUCUAGCCGGCAGCGAGAUGACAAAGCGCACCAACAGCACCGGGAAGACGCUAGAGGAAGCUAAUAAUAUUAAUAGGAGUUUAAUGGUUUUAGGUUACUGCAUAGCUCAACUAAGUGACGGUAGAAAAAAAGGCCAUAUACCAUACCGGGACAGCAAGCUGACGAAGCUGUUAGCAGACAGCCUUGCUGGCAACGGUGUUACUCUUAUGAUCGCCUGCAUUGCUCCAACGAGGUCUAAUAUGAGCGAAACGAUAAACACCCUUCGGUACGCAGCCAGAGCAAAGAAGAUCAAGUCGAAACCAAUAGUUAAAAUGGACGCAAGAGAUGCCUUAAUCCUGAGCUUGAAAAGAGAAGUGGAAGCGUUGCAGGCUGAGAACCAGCAUCUGCGGACCGCUUUACACAUGCAGACGGACUACAACAUGGACUCUUAUCAACGCAAGCACACCCCAACACAAAUCGAGCCCAACAAGUUACUGCAACUGCCUCAGUCAGAAUUGGUGGAGUUGGUACAACUUCACAUGGAAGAGAAUUCAGCUCUAAGACAAGAGAAUAGCGAGCUGUUUGGAGUGAGGGACCAGCUGUUGAGAGACCAGGAGUUGCUUAGCAGGGAGAAUGAGAGGUUGCUGAAGAAACUCGAGGAUGUUAACUCGGUUUGUGUGAGAUCGCCCAUCAUCCCAGCACGGCCGACGUACUCCGACGCAGCGAGCGACCAGGCCAGCGAGUCCAACAUUUGGACGAACCCUGCCGCCUCGUCAGCUGGAAGCAGUAGGAGUUAGGCAUCUCAUUUGUUUAUGCUGGUUAAAAUUGAGCCAACAUUUGAACCAACACUCGCGUCAUUUGGUGGAGACUUAUAGUUGUAAUAAAGUUGGACAAAUUUUAGCAAAUAUUUGGACCAACUGUGCCUCAUCCACUCCAGUUCAGGUUGGGAACGUUACACUCGAAGUUGUAGACCAGUACAUUUACCUAGGACAAAUCAUCCAGUUAGGUAAGUCCAACUUCGAAAAAGAGAUCUGUCGUCGGAUCCAACUCGGAUGGGCAGCGUUCGGGAAGCUGCGGAAUAUCUUCUCGUCCAAAAUACCUCAGUGUCUUAAGACAAAAGUCUUUGACCAGUGCGUGUUGUCAGUAAUGACCUACGGCACUGAGACGUGGCCGCUUACUAUGGGUCUCGUGAGGAGGCUCGGUGUCGCUCAGCGGGCAAUGGAGAGAGCUAUGCUCGGUAUUUCCCUGCUCGAUCGAAUCAGAAAUGAGGAGAUCCGCAGGAGAACUAAAGUCACCUACACAGCUUGGAGAAUUGCAAAGCUGAAGUGGCAGUGGGCACGACACAUAGCGAGGAGAACCGAUGGCCGCUGGGGCGGAAAGGUUCUAGAAUGGCGACCACGUGUCGGACGACGCUCAGUGGGUAGGCCCGCUACAAGGUGGACCGACGAUCUGGUGAAGGUCGCGGGAAGCCGCUGGAUGCGGGCAGCGCAGGACCGACCGUCGUGGAGAUCCUUGGGGGAGGCCAGCAGUGGGCGUCGUACGGCUGAUGAUGAUGUGCCUCAUCAGCUGGAAACAGUCUCAUUUGUUUAAGCUCUAGAGUAAACCCAGAGGGGGUGAGG